CGGUCUGCCAGGCGCGACGUGUCGCGACGACUGGUCGCAGCGACCGGCGAUCAUGAACUGUCGUCGCGACUGUUGUGGUCUACAAGUAACGACCGCGACAUGUCGCGAUGAUUAAAUUAUUAUUUUCGGCCUGUUUUCACAAACAGUAAUAUUGUCAUUUCAGUUUAAUAUCUCUUCAAGUACGCAUUACGCGAGUAUUCUAAAAAAAAUCUUAUACAAUGGAUAAAUUUAUUUUUAAUAAUAAUAAUAUUUUAAGUCUUCUCUUAAUGGAUGAGGAUGACGAUGAGGCUAGAUUAUUAUCUUAUUUAACGCCAAAGAAAAGAAAAACAACGGACAAUAUCUUUAAAAAUCGCGAAAGUGAAGGAUUUUUUGAAAUAUUAAUUAAUCGACAUUUAACAAGCAAUCACGUUAGGUUUCGGGAAUAUUUCCGAAUUAAUUAUGAACAAUUUAAUUUUUUACUAUCUUUGGUGGAAGAAAAAUUAACUUUACCACCUAACAAUCGAAUUAAAAAUCCUAUAUCGCCGGCAGAAAAAUUAGCAGUUACUUUAAGGUAUCUUGCCACUGGUGAAUCAUUGAGAUCAUUAGCAUUCGCUUUUCGUAUCAGUCAUAACUAUUUAAGCAUAAUUAUAAAAAAAACACUAGCUGAAUUGAAAAUUAAAUUGGUGUCCAUUUUUUUGCCCGAUUCAAAAAAUAUUGAUUAUAAACAAAAAUCCGCAGAAUUUUCGUACAAGUCGAAUUUCCCAAAUUGUAUUUUAGCAAUUGAUGGAAAACAUGUCCGUAUACGAAGUUCAAGCAGUUCUGGGUCAUUAUAAACGACCAUUUUUCGAAUAUGAUACUAAACAAUUACCACCAACUAACAAUAUGAUGCCACUUUCCCGACGAGGAAGGUUUUCAAAUAUUGAAGGAUUUGGAGUUAGAAAUUUGUUCAGAGAAUUUUUUAAUAAUGAAGAGGCUCUUUCUUGAAUCUUGAAUUUCUUGAUUCUUAAAUCAUAACCAAUAAUUAAAGUAAUAAAAUAAUAAUAAUUAAAUAAAAAAUCACAUAAAUGUUUAUUAUUAAAUUACCAAACAUA